GAGGGAGAGCGAAAGAGAGAAAAAAGCACGGAGACGGGUCCUGGAGCUGGCCAGAGAAGUAUCUUUGUGCAGGGAUUAAGGCUGCCUCCGGGGAUUCCUCGGCAACUGGCUCCCAGUUCCUGGCGGAGACUGAAGGAUGCCGGGAGGGGGAGGGGCGGAGCAGCGCACUCCCGGGAAGGCCCGACAAUGUCCCCAACUAGGGCGAACCUUCCUUGUGUGUCUUUUACGUGACCUAGGCCGCCGAGAUGGGUACACGCUGCAGCUGGCGCUGUACUGUUUGCUUUGGGAGUUAAUAAACAUUUAAGGAAGUUCUGAAAGCUUUUAAUAACAGCUGUUUUCUAUCUAGGAGGAAACGUUAAGUUCCAAGGUUAAAUGAUUUGCCUGAGGUCACACGGAAAGUAUUAGAAGCGGAAUUUGAACUCGGGUCUUUUUGGCCUCCCGGUACUGCCAGCUUACUAGUUUGGAAGUGCUCCUCUCGUACCCAGAACUUGAAGCUGUACAUAAAAAUGGUUGAGCUGUGUGUCAGAACAUGAAUUGGACCCCGCAUUCCUGUGUCUGCCACAGAUUCUCCGGAUCAGUUCUGCAAGGAACUCUCGGAAUCUUUUUUGACUGAAGAUUAUAGAUAUCUUAUUCUUUCAUCUUGACAUAUCCAACUUGAAAUUCAGUGAACCAGACAUCUACUGUAAAUAAGUUUUCCUUCAAGAGAACUCUGAUGUUUUCCAAGCAGAAGAUGACAGAUACUAAAGUAGAGCAGGUUGGAAAAGUUGAAUGGAAAAAAAGACCGAAUUUUAAAAGUACAUUGUUGCCAAAGUUGCUAUGAGUCUUAAGACCUUUUGGAGAGACUACAAAGUUCUUCUUGUUAUGAUACCUUCUAUCGGACUGAUUCACAUAGGGUGGAAGAGUAUUAAGAACAAUCCAAUUUUCCAAACUCCUAAUGCUAACGAGGACAGUAUUCCAGAAUCUGGAAUUGUGACACAUAUGAUUACUCAGAAGAACCAAAACCAAGUCAAAUAGCAGUCAUGCAAUGCUUAGAAGGAAGUCUCUUACCAAAAGAAUUGUCUUUGAAACUUGGAUUACUCUUUGGCAUCAGAACAAGAGAUGAAACAAACCAGCUGGAUUAGAAGGAACUGGCUCCUUGUAGCUGGAUUAACUUUUAUAGGUGUCCAUUUUAGCACAUAUUUUUUACAGAUAGCUGCAAAACACUCUGCCAAAUCUCAAAUUGAAUAUAGACAAAAGAAUAUAAAAGAAAUUAAGUAAAAGCAUCUGUGGAAGUAUUAAUGUGUUCAGUCAGCAUGAUCUGAUAAAUUUCAAAAGUAUAAACUGUUUAAAAUUGCAUGGCAAUUGUACUUCAUUUUCUGAAAGAUCCUUCAUGAAUUAAUUUUAUUACUUUAAAAUACCUGAAACACAUUGUCUAAAAAGUAUGAUUAAGAAAAUAAAACUUAUCUUUACUACCUAUAUAUAGCCCAAAGUAAGAUGUCUCGUGUUAAAGCUAAAAAACCUUCACUAUGUACCUACGAACUACUGACAAAAGAUAUUAUUACUAAAUCAAUCUCUGUAUUAAGAGAAAUUGUGAGCUCUUGCUAUGGCCCUUCUGGUAGACUGAAGCAGCUACACAAUGGUGUUGGAGGUUCCGUUUGUACCACAUCAUCAUCAUCAUCCUUAUUCAGUAACCUUUCUGUCAUCCAUCCUAUAUUAAAGAUUUUGACAACCUCUGUGCAAAAUCACGUAUCACGUUUUAGUGACUGUGGCUUAUUCACAGCCAUUCUCUGUUUUAAUUUGGUUGAACAUUUUCAGAGAUUAAACUUGUCAAGUGCUACUGUCAUUAAAAUAAGUAAGCAUCUUUUGAGUCUCUGCAUUGACUAUCUCAACUCUGAGAUCUGUGGCUGCCGAAUCUCUGUAGAUUUUAGCAAUUUGAAGACUCUCCUAUGUUUGGUGCAAAGCAUAUUAACAAGCAAGCCUGCUUGCCUACUCAACAAAAAAGAAGCUGAUCAUAUCAGUACUUUGAUUCUGAAAGCAUUUUUGCUUACAAUUCCAGAAAAGGCUACAGAUCAUGCUAUUUUGGGGAAAAGUAUAAUUAUACCUUUAAAAGAUGAAAGAGUUAUGGAUUCUACUGUAUUGCCUGGAAUAGUCAUUGAAAUGCCAGAAGUACAAUUGAUAAAGUGUCCUAUCAAAAAAUUACCCUCAGAUGCCCUGAAGGUGGCACUUUUUUGUAUAUCUUUGUCUGGAGAUAUUUCUGACCCUGGAGAAGGAACACUAGUGAUCAGUUAUGGAGUUUCUCUUGAAAAUGCAAUCUUGGACCAGCUACUUAACUUGGGAAACCAGCUCAUUAAUGAUCAUGUAAAUGUUGUGGUGUGCCAAAAAGUUAUACAUCCAGCUUUGAAGCAAUAUCUCCAUCAGCAUCACAUUAUUACCAUAGACAGAGUUGGCAUAUCUCUGAUGGAACCCCUGGGUGAAAUGACAGGUGCACAACCUAUUGGUUCCCUGAAUUUUAUCUCAUCUACAAGUUAUGGAUAUGUGAAGGAUUUGUGCACUGCGAAUUUUGGUUCAAAACACUACUUUCAUUUAAUUCCUAAUGAUUCAAGUGUCUGCAGUUUGCUUCUCUGUAACAGAAAUGAGACUUCCUGGAAUGAACUGAAGCUUGCAUGUCAAACAGCACAGCAUGUCUUACAGUUAACAAUCAGGGAACCUUUGGCUUUGCUGGGAGGUGGCUGUACUGAAACCCACUUGGCCUGUUUUUUAAGAAAUAAGGUUGCCAGUGUUCCAGAAUGUGUCCUCAAAGUCAAUGACUGUACCGAAAUAGAAUACAAAAUAGUUGCUGAUGCAUUUUGCAGUGCACUACAAUCUGUUGCUUGCUCUCUAGAACAUGAUAAGGGUAAAAUUCUUAUCGAUAGGAAAUAUGGACACUUUUGGUCAAUUCAACCAGAUUUUCCCGCAAAUGUGAAAUGGCAAGAUUUGGUUUUAAAAUGUGGUUGUGGACUCCUUGGUAACCAAGAAGACCUAAAUUGGUGCUUCUUACCAAGCAUUCAUUCUUUUUCUCUACAAAAUGCUUCUAUCCAACAAGUCACAAACUCAACUGACCAUCUGACUUUGGACUGUUUUACUGCAAAGCUUCACGGCCUGCAAGUUGCUGUGGAGACAGCCAGUCUGAUUUUGGAUCUGUCAUACAUCAUUGAAGAUAAAAAUUGAUCUGAAUUUCAAGUGCAUUUUGAAAAGUUUAUGUGAAAAAAUUCUCAAGGUAGAAAAAAAUAUUGAACAUAGUAACUGACUAUUUUCUACUCUUAUGAAUAUUAACUCUUUUUUUGAGUUAACCAACUCAUUUGAUUAGACUAUUUAAAGUAAGUGAAAUUAUAACUUAAGUGGAGGUAUUCACCCAACAGUAAGCCUAUAGAGUAUUGUUAAAGGAACUUUAAUAAUUAUGUAAAUUUAGCAGCUACUAUAUAACAUCUUACUUUAUUCUGAAUAUUUCCUUAUUUAUCUUUCAAUAAAUAUGAAAUAGAGAAAA